AUCCAAUCAGAAGCAGAGCCGAAGCACAGCUAGGAAGAACAGUGAGCCCCCAACUCUGUCGGGAGCGUCGGACCCCCCAAAGAGUUUCACUUUACCCCGUCAUUAGAUGCCCGGAUGUUGUGAUGCAAGAGCAUUAACCCUCCAUCCAACUCUCAUCACCGAACCAAUUGUCAUCACCUACAGACACCUUGCACUCUACCCCAAGUUUCAAUCCACACACAUCACAACCAUCAAAAUGAAGUACUCUUUCGUCUGCGCCGCCCUCGCCGCCUCGGCCUCUGCCCAGAUCCUUUCCGACAUCACCUCUGUCGGUGGUUCCAUCAUCUCCGCCGGUACUAGCGGUGCUGGUUCGGUCUUCUCGGAUGCCACCUCAGCUGUAGGCUCCGGCGUCUCUGGCGCCUCAUCAGUCGCCUCCGUCGCCGUUUCGGGCGCCUCAUCUGUUGCCAGCGCCGGUGUCUCAGGCGCUUCGUCAAUCGCCAGCGCAGGAAGCUCUGGUGCCGCUGGUGCUCUUACCACCCUCACUGGAAGCGCCUCUUCUGCCCUUGCAUCUGCCUCCUCCGGCCUUGCCUCUGAGAGAUCGUCCAUCAGCGCUCGCUUGUCCUCCCUCUCCGCCGCCGAGGCCACCGCUACCGGCUCGGCCAAGAGCUCCAUCUCCUCUGAGGCUGCUGCCCUCCAGUCGUCGGCUUCUUCUGCCCUCAGCUCUGGCACUGGCGCCUUGAGCUCCGCUUCUUCGCGCAUCUCUUCCGCCGUCUCGAGCGCAUCUUCCGCCAUCACUUCUGGUGCCUCUUCCGCAUCUUCGCGUGCGUCCUCGGGUGCCUCGUCUGCAUCUUCGCGUGCUUCCUCCGCAGCUUCCUCCGCUUCCAGCGCUGUCAGCACUGGUGCUGCCGCCUACAACGGACCCGCCGUCGGUGGUGUCCUCGGUGCCGCUCUCGGCUUCGCUGCUCUCCUCUAAGCAAAUCAUCUCACACCUACUACAACCAAAAGUCGCCUAAGAGCACCGCGUUGAUACAAGGAGGAUACGGUUUUCUUUUUCAUGAAUCGCUACGUUUGUACACUAUGCCCAGUAUCUCUCUGUAAUAACUUUAUCGGUCAAUCAUACAAGGAUUGAUUCGUUCAACGUCCAAAUUCAACACAAAUCAAGUCUCCAUUGCCAUCCAUGAUUUCUCCCAAUGAUAACUGUACUAGUUUAUCAAUACACAUUGAAUAUUGCCUAGAUUGUCUGACUAAUGUUGCGAUGC